AUGGCUAACAAAUAUAAUGUUAAUCCUAAUAAGACAAUUUUUAUUUCUGGAAUACCUGAAAAUGUAGAUGAAGAACAUUUAAAAAUAAUUUUUUCUUCUUUUGGUGAAAUUGUUUCCUGUACAAUACCUUAUGAUAAUGAAACUGGAAAAAAAAGAAAUAUAGGAUUUAUUGAAUUUGAUGAUAGAUCUGAUGCAUUAUCAUCAAUUGAAAAUAUGGAUAAUGCUGAAUUAUAUGGACAAUCUAUUCGAGUUAAAUUUGCCAAUUUAAGAAGUGGAAAUGAAAAUAGUAGCAGACCAAUAUGGCAAACAGAUGAAUAUGCGCUACAAUAUGGUAUUGGUAAUAAUAAAAAUGAAGAAAAAAUUGAAGAUGAAAAAAAAGAAGAUACUAAUGAAAAUAAAAUUAUUAAGAAAAAUCCACAUGUAUAUUUGGAUAUAAAAAUUGGAAAUAGAUUUGUUGGGAAAAUAAUUAUUGAACUUCGUUAUGAUAUUGUUCCUAUUACUGCAGAAAAUUUUAAAUGCUUAUGUACAAAUGAGAAAGGUUUUGGUUAUGCUGGAUCAAAAUUUCAUAGAAUUAUACCAAAAUUUAUGUGUCAAGGUGGUGAUAUAACAAAAGGUGAUGGCACUGGAGGAAAAAGUAUAUAUGGACAAAAAUUUCCUGAUGAAAAUUUUAUUUUAUCUCAUAGUAUACCAGGAACAGUUUCUAUGGCUAACGCCGGUAAAGAUACUAAUGGAUCUCAAUUUUUUAUAUGUACAGAAAAAACAGAAUAUCUUGAUGGUAAACAUGUUGUUUUUGGAAAUGUUAAACAAGGUAUGAAUAUUGUAAAAGAAAUUGAAGCUGUCGGUACAGCAAGUGGUCGUCCAAAAGCUGACGUUACAAUUGUAUCAUGUGGACUUUGUGAAUAA